UGAAAAGAAGGAAGGAGGCAAGAAAACAGAAGUGGUUCCCCACAGCAUCCCCUUCCCAACAAGAGAAGCAAGAAGCCCGUUCCUGUUACUGUUCCUCUACCACCGAACACACCCGCUUCUUCUCUUUGUAACCUGCGCCUCCUGCCUUAUCGUGCGCACACUUUCUUCGAUAACAUUCACCCACAAAGGCAGCCCCCUUUCUCUCUCAUCUCUCUCUCUUCUCUCUCCCUCUCUACAACAUCAUCGCCAUCAACCUUUCCCCAUUGGAACCAUAAGGUCCCUUUUUUCCGGUGUUGUUAGGGGUUUAGGGUUGGGGGAAGAAGCACUAGGGUUAGGGUUUCUGAGAGAUGUUGUAUGAUGAAUCUUCUUUCUCUAUGUUGGAAGCCGUUCGGCCACGGCGGCGGUGAUGCUGUCUCUUCCGCCGCCGGAAGGGAAGGCAAGGACGGCCUUCUCUGGUUCCGCGAUGUCGGAAGGUACGGCUCCGGCGAAUUCUCGAUGGCCGUUGUCCAGGCUAACCAGGUCCUCGAGGAUCAGAGCCAGAUCGAGUCCGGUCCCCUCGGAACCUUCGUCGGCGUCUACGACGGCCACGGUGGCCCCGACGCCUCCCGCUAUGUCUGCGAUAACUUGUUCCGCAACUUUCAAGCUGCGUCAGCUGAGUCACAGGGGGUUGUGACGGCCGAGACUAUUCAAACUGCGUUCCGGAGAACUGAGGAAGGGUUCACUGCUCUUGUUUCUGAUCUGUGGAGUACUCGGCCUCAAGUUGCCACUACCGGGACAUGCUGUCUGGUUGGAGUGAUCUUCCAGCAGACGCUAUUCGUGGCGAAUCUAGGAGAUUCCCGUGUUGUGUUGGGUAAGAAAGUUGGCAACACUGGUGGGGUCGCAGCGAUUCAGCUAUCUGCUGAACACAAUGCAAAUCUUGAGGCUGUUAGGCAGGAGCUUAAAGAAUUGCAUCCUGAUGAUCCCCAAAUUGUUGUCCUUAAACAUGGAGUGUGGAGAGUAAAAGGCAUUAUUCAGGUUUCUAGAUCUAUAGGUGACGUAUAUAUGAAACAUGCGCAGUUUAACCGGGAACCAAUUAAUCCCAAAUUCAGACUUCCUGAACCAAUGAACAUGCCUAUCUUGUCUGCUAAUCCAACUAUUAUUUCUCAUCCUCUCCAACCAAAUGAUUCCUUCCUUAUAUUUGCAUCAGAUGGUUUAUGGGAGCACCUGAGUAAUGAAAGAGCAGUGGAUAUUGUUCACAGCAAUCCACGUGUGGGUAGUGCGAAGAGGCUAGUGAAGGCUGCACUACAGGAAGCAGCAAGAAAACGAGAAAUGAGAUAUUCAGACCUGAGGAAGAUAGACAAGAAGGUUCGGCGCCAUUUUCACGAUGAUAUAACUGUUAUUGUUUUAUUCUUAAACCACGACCUUAUCUCCAGAGGCACCCUUCUCCACCCUCCACUAUCCAUUCGCAGCGCCCUCGAUCACUGACUCACUCUCCCUAGUUUCUACCAAUGUAAACAUGCUCUUCUUUUCUCCUUUUUCCCCCUUUCUUUUUGGACGGCUUGUAAACAUGCAUGGCUUUGUCUGCUUUGUCUUUGUGUUAUACGGGGGGUGUUAUGUUGUGUUCUGGCAACUGUUCCAGUGGAUAAGAUUGGGUUCUAUCACUGGCAGUGUUGCUAGAAUAUACCAUUCACUCUGCUAUGGCACCUAUUGAGAAUGCUGAGAGACAAAACAACUAAUUCGUGAGGCUCCUACUUAUCAUAACACUUGUUAUUAGAAAAAUUUAUCCAUUAAUUAAAAUAUUAGAAGAAAAAUUUCAUCAA